AUGAUUCUGUUUCCGCCAGUUGUAAGGCGUGUAGAUAACGUAACAGCGCCGCCAACCUUGUUAUCUCUAACUUUGAGGUUAUGGGUUGCAACAGCCGUCAUUUCGGCGGUCCAUGCCGGUAGAUGGAACAGAAGACCGUUUGAAAAACAGUUGUCAGCCCAUUUCGGCGGGGGAAGGUUGUGUAGCAUCAAUCAUCGCAGUUGCAAAGAUGUACCGGCCGCUCCGGGGUGUCCACCGCGUCAAUUGGAGCAAAUCAAACAAAAUGACGGGUACAAUAGCAGAUUCUCAAGAGUCUCUAUGGUUGUCAGCGACGAAGGGGUGGAAUCACUUCGUCAAUCAAGGGUACUGCUGGUCGGAGCCUCCAAAGUUUCUUCAGAGAUCAUUACACACCUUCUCAGGUCAGGUGUAGGUGCCGUGGAGAUUUGGGACGCCGAAUCCGGGCGCUCUAAAGAUGUAGUAUCACAGGCGUUACUCUUACAACCUGAUGCAAACUUGAAACUACUGGAGAAGGAGCCUGAUUAUGAUAAGUUGUGCCACCAUGCAGUUAUCUUUGUGGACCAGUCCGUACACAAGGCAAUAGAGGUAAACAAAGUUGCAAGGAACAAAAAGAAGUUCAUAUACGUGACUUCAAUAGGUGUGUAUGGCCUAGUGCUGUCUGAUUUUGGUGACCAACACCGAGUUCAGGCAACCUCGGACAUGCAAAAUGCAGAGCAUCAAGCCACCUUGUCUACCGGCGGCGAACACUCUGCCAUAGACGUAUCGGCAGAUAAGGAUAUAUUGCAGUAUGCGCCAGGUGAUAUUAUACGCAUAUCCUUGCCAAAGUAUCUCAUGCAUGACAAUGAAGGCGACGCCAUCGACACGGACAGGCUUAUUAUUGACACCCAGGUACUUAAGGUAGAACCGAUCAGCGAUCAAGCUAUUAAAAUUUUCAUUAAUGCGGAUACAAGGGGGUGGCCCAAAUGUGGAUUCUACGUUCGAAAGCUGCAUACGCCAACCACCUUUCGAUUCGUUGCAUUGGGGAACUUGGUUAAAGGAUUGUUCGGAACGAAACCCGGAUUGUGGGAAUCAUUCUUGCGUUUGUUUCGCGAAAACACCAUAAGUCCUGCGCGACUAGUUAUAGCUCCUGCUGAAGAAAAUGCAUUUAAUGAGAAGGUCGCCGCCGUCGCAGCAGCUCUUAUGGCGGCGCAGGGGAGUCGGACGCAGCCAACGGGUGACAACGAAGAAGUGAAUGAUACUUGGUUCGCUGAAUCCUGCAAGAUGCUCUACCCUAAUGUGGAUGAGCGCGUGAUUAAAACGUUUUCAACACUGAGGCAUAUUGAGGCACCAGCCAUCGUCACACUACUGGGGUCACUGGCAGCACAGGAGGCGAUUAAGGGGUUGACUUCCAUGUUUACACCCGCAGACGUAAUAGUGGUAGACAGAAGCGAUAUAUUUCCCAAAAAUGGGGUGGGUAUAUCUAUUGGGGAUGCGAAGGCACACAUACAACUACCCAACAAGUGCGGAUAUUUAUUAGUAGGGGCAGGGGCACUUGGGUGUGAAUAUCUCAAAAUGCUAGCCCGUAUGGGUGUGGAGCAUGUAACUGUCCUGGACGACGAUGUGGUAGAUGUUUCCAAUCUGACACGGCAAAACCUUUUCACACUGGCGGAUGUCGGAAGCAACAAAGCUGAGGCAGCUGUAAAGAAUCUGCAACGUAUCACGAACCGUAGUCUUCCAAAUUACACCCCAAAGGGCAUCGCAUUCACAGAGAAAUUCCGAAUGGCAUCGAACUCCUCAGUCAAAAACACAAUUUUCUUGUCCGCAGUGGAUAAUAUACAUGCAAGGUUGCUUAUGGAUAACUAUGCCGUGGAGAAUUCGCACAUUUUUGUAGAGGCUGGGAUACAUGGCAUGCAGUGCAGCACGUUCAUAUCCGUGCCAUAUUUUACUGAAACGUAUAGCUCAACUGUUGGGUCGGAAGCCUCCUUAGACGCCGGUGCCAGCUGCUCCGUAAAAGGGGUACCUAAGACCAUAGAGGAUGCUGUGUUCUACGCUAUUGAGCUAUAUUCGUGGCUAUUUAAAGAGCAGCAUGAUGUAUUUUACAAAUUCUACAUCAACCCCCUGGGUACCAUCAGAUCUGCUUUGCAGUUGGGAGAAAAGCACUUCGUAAACGUCAUCGAAUCGAUAGUGGGCAAUUCCCAACUUCUAUCAUCCACAAUAACACCUCAUGAGUGGGCUUCAAAAGCGUAUGCGGCGCAUUUCAAGUUGGAUCUUCCCCUAAAGAAGAUGUUAAUCGAUGCCAUGGCCAACGUUAAAAGGCGUGCCAUGCGUUCUGUGAGGUUAUGCCCACGUAGACAGCUUGAUUACCCAAAUACACUUAUGAAAAGCGCAGUAAGCAUCAUCGAAUCUCACUUUAAGGCGAUGAAAAUACCGAUAAAUGACCGAAAAUUCAUCAUGUGCGUUGAUGCUGUAAAAAGGCUUUUUGCUGAUGUCGGCGUGACUAAAUUGUUGCGCCAGGAAGGCAAACUGGAGUUGCAGCCAUUAUCAUUCAACGAAAAUGAUGGAAGUGAUCGCAUGUACCUCUUCGCAGCCAGCAAUAUGCGAGCGUACAAUUUUGGUAUUGGCCAAAAGGACAUGUCCACUAUUGUAAAAAUGGCUAAGCGUAUUGUACCUGCGAUUUCCACAACUGUUGGCAUAGCUGCAUCUAUGGCUAUGCUAGAAGUUUAUAAGGCUAUUCCUUUAAUCGAUGACGUGCCGGUGAAGGACGGGCAAGUUCCGUGGGGCAUGUUAAGCAAAGAGACUAUUAAGGAAAGCAAUAUAUCAUAUGCGAAGUCAGACGGUCAUCUUUGGUUUGCCGUUGAUCACAACAGCUCUGGCCUUUUGGCCUUAUCCAAAAUAGUAGCGUCUUUGAGGUUAGUUGAUUACCAGCGAAACAAGAAUAUACAACACGGGCUUCGUAAUCAUUUUUUCAAUCUCAGCAUAAUGAAGUACAUAGCAAACCAUGCAAACUUUCCCGAGUUGAGCGAAGUCAGCAGUGAAAUGGCGCUGCUUAAGGGUGUGGUAUUUUCUGCGUGGGACUACAUCACCAUUCAAAAGAUGGCAGUCGCGCCAACUCUAACUAACGCGAUUCGACUACCAAUUGAGGAGAAAGAGCAUCGGAAAUUAACACUUGGUGACUUGGUGUUUCUCGUUGAGAAAUUGUUUGAUGCGAAGUCGGAUGCAGUUUACGGCUUCGGCACUUUUGUCACGUUGUCAGAAGGAAAUCUACAUGAAUCAGUUCAAGAUGUAUUUCAUAUUCGUGACGCAUCUGUGUUACGAGUGAUAGCGAGAGACAGUAAGACUCAGCAACCGACAGAUCUCCCUCACAUAAUAUAUAGACCUUGA